AGUCCAGAGCAGGUCUCAGUCACAGGUUUGUGUCCACUGCUGCUUUCUGAUACAAACUGUCAUAUGAAGCUGCUGCGUCCUCUCUCCUCACUUCGUCUUCACACACUUGCUUCUAAAAGAUGAGCUCAUCCUCUUUCCAACAAUAGAUCUGAACUGGGUGAUGUCAUCUCCAGCCAAUCCGCGCCUUGCCGGAUUUCCAUACGCGCAGACGCAUCUCCGCUGUAUCAGCGCGCCCCUCAGCAGCAGAGAUGGAGUACAGGCAGGUCGUCAGUCCAGCCAAGUGGAAAACAAGCACAAUGUAGUUCACCAACUGGCUGCCUCAUCAGUACCACUCAGUGCUGGACUGGCCAUCGGGCAUACCGGGCAUUUGUCCGGUGGGCCGAUGAUAAUUUUGGGCCGGGCCUUUUUUAUUUUUUAUUUAUUUAUUUAUUUAUUUUUUUUAGUCAUGUCAUGAUACCUAUUGGUACACAAAACUAGUAGAUCGGCCCAUUAGUCAUGAUUGAUUCUGGGCUGGACCAAUUAUAGCCGAGGGCCGAUGCCCCCUCCCACUUGGGCCUCGGCUGCCAGUCAAUCAUACAGAGAUUGACAAAAUUGAGAAGAAACUCAAAGGAGAUGCGGAAAAAAUAAGAGAGAAAAAGAGACAAGCCCUUUAGGAAGAUGCUGCCAAAUGUGUUAAAAUAACACAGAUGUUUGCUGGCUAUGGCGGAGCUUCUUCAGCGGUAGCAUCAGUGACCGCACCCGCACUGGCAUCCAAAGCAGCCGCAGCAGGUAAUGAUGGCGGAGGUGGCCGUCAGCAGGUGGAUGAGGCGAAGGGGAGGAAGGAGGAGGAGACCCGCGGCCGCCGCAUUAUAUGACGACGUCACAGUCGGUGCGACUGGAGAGGAAUUUGAACUUCAGGUUGCCAUGUUUGAGGAAGUAUUAUGUGUUGCUGUGCUGUUUACUGAUGUGGAUCCCAUCAUACGUUCAUUGUUCAGGAGGUUCACUAGACCAAGCAGCCUUUUGGGUUCCUCUAAAGUUAUCUGCCAUCGAACAAGAUGAUGCUAACAUGGAGCUAACGUCGCCACUCCACUGCAGCUCGCCAACACCAUCCAGCAGCUCAGGUCAAAGCCACCAGACCAGGGAAGAGGAAGAGAGACAGCAACACAGGGCUGCUGGAAUACCUGGAGAGGGCAGACAAGAGGUUCUUGCAGCACAGCAAGGACCUGAAUGAUGCCCUGCUGCAGAAGCUGGAGACUGACACCAGUGUGUUUCUUGGACUGAUGGGGCGCAUGGUAUCUGUGAUGGAGGCCCAAGCCCAGAAAUGAGCAGUUCUGUUUCACGGGAAGUUUUAGUUUUGCACAUUCAAUGCAAACAUGUCACUUUUAUCAAGAAGAACUCAACAGGUUACCCAUUUAUGAAGAUGCUUUUCACGGAUGUCUUCUGUCACUGUGUUUAUAAAGAAAUGAGAACAUGACAGCCAUAAUCAUUUCUAUGAAUUUACUGAACUGAAGGAUGAAACAAUAUUCGUGACAUGAAGUAGUCCAGCAAACACAGGUAAAAGUAGUCAGGUAAGCAGCAACAAAACAGCAAAAACAAUGGAGAGUAGCAGCCAAAACAUGUGUAUCAUACACAACCAGAACUAAAUAAAACAAACACUUGAAUGGCAGGUUUUAAGGAGGCACCUCCACCAUCCUUUCAAUCUCCCAAAUGCCAUUUCCACAACUGACUGUGCACUGCUUAAUCUGUAGUUAUAUGUGUGUUGCUCAGGGGUCAAUCUGCCAGUGUCCGCAAAGGGCUUCAUGAGCCAGCUCUGCAUGGGGUAGGACAAAAAUGUAGAGGUAAAUAAGCAUGUUGAGUGGAGAGUGAUCAAUACUAAAAUGAAUAUCCAUCAUGCUAUUUAACCCUUAUGCCUCAAAUAAAUGUGUAUGCGCAUGAGUGUCUGUACAUAAAUGUGUGUAUGUGCAGAUACAUACAGGGUCUUGCAGAUCUGCAUUCAUAGCAUGCAAUGUAUGAGGAAAUGUACAGCACAUUUGAAGUGUAAUAUAUCAUUCUAUUGAGUUUAUUAUGUUCUAUUGAUGCCAUAUAUGAACACAGCCAAAAUUAUCAAGAAAAUUAAGUGACAAACCAACAAUGUUCUUAGUGAGGCAUAUGGGUUAAGAAAAUGAGGUUAAACAUAAAUCACUGACUUGUAUUUUCAUACAGUUUGUUUACAUGCAUUUCAAAUAGUAGAGUUCAUUUCACAGAGCUAAGCAUCCUCUUUUGUCCAUCUGAAACUACAAUAAGCCCUCAGUUGUCUAAAUAAGUACACAUACACAUUUGCGUUGUAAAUUAGCUGUGCUCUGCCAGCUAACGUUAGCUUACAACAAAGGCUAACAUAACAAUCUCACAUUCAGUGUUAGUAAGAGACAAACCGUGUUAGGUUAUUACCUGUCUUCUGGAGCAUAAUUGCCGUCCAUACGAAUCUUGUCAAGCAGCACAAAUACGAUGUAUCUGCCGUGUUUGGAAUGCUGAUGAAGCCUUGUAGAGCCAGGAGUAACAGCUGCACAAGUACGUGGUCCGUCGUCGUUGUUGUUCGACGUAUCUGACGUAUACAGUGACGCAAUGACGUGGCACCCUAACCACCUCGAGCCGUGGAAAAGCAAAUUGGUUCUCAGCUGGUUCGCAAGUUGAACCAACUGAGAACCAGCACCAGCUCAGCACCAGCUUUGGUGGAAAAGGGGUAACAGAGAAGCCCUGGACCAUUUAAAGGGAUUGGAUUUAUAGUAGAAAACUCAUUAAGGGUGUGGUGCCAAAUUAAAAAAAACAUUUAAACUAACAAACACUUCUAUUUUUGUCCCCAUUUAUCACAAUCAUACAUUUCAUCCUUCUUAAUCGGAUCCUGUUUUCUCUGUCUGGAAAGGGAAAGGCCUGGUCACUGUUAAAGACUUGUAUAUUGACAAUGCUUUUUCCUCAUUUGAUCAACUUGAAGACAAAUUUGAAUUGCAACCAUCUCAUUUUUUCAGGUAUUUACAAGUCAGGAACUAUGCUAGAGUAAGCAUUUCAAAUUUUGAAAUUUAUAAUUCCCCUGACGAAGUCUAUUCUCUUCUAACAAAGGAACCUGAGUCCAAAAGGCUAGUGUCUAUGGCUCAAACUGCUCCAAGUACACAACACCUGAGAGAGUGCUGGGAGAGGGAAAUAGGCACUGUCAUCUCAGAAGAUGCAUGGUGUGAAUGUCUUUGUAGCAUACACACAUGUUCAAUUAAUUCAAGACACCAGCUAAUUCAAUACAAGGUUAUACAUAGACUCCAUUAUUCACGUGUUAAACUGCAUUCAUUUUUUUCAUCCUCUUCACCACUAUUAGUAAAAUGCAAACAGUCCAAGGGCACACUGGCACAUAUGUUUUGGUUCUGCACUAAACUCCACAGAUUUUGAUGCGAGGUUUUCUAUUUUUACUCUGAGGUUUAAUGAUAUGAUCUUCCUCCAGACUCAGAGACAGGCAUUCUUGGCUGGUCUCAACAGCUCGAGACUCUUAGAGACUGGAAGGUUCUGUCAAUCCAGUAUGGGAUGGUUAUUGCUAAGAAAAUUAUUCUCAAAGUCUGGAACAAAGAGAUACCUCCAAGUUUUGAAGCCUGGCUCACGGAGCUCUCAAGCACCUUGUAUAUGGAGAAAAUUCGAUUUAAGAUAUCAGGGAAAUCUAAUAGAUUUCAUCAGAUAUGGCAACCAUUUCUUGAUCACAUCACACAGCGGCGAGGACCCUCAUGACACCUCAGUGUUCUGACUGUUUAUUUCUUUGUAAUUUCUUAAAUAUAUUGUGAUUGCAGUCGCAGAUGGCCACAAAAUUUUUCGUUACAGAGUAAAGACUUUCCUUUUUUUUUUCUUCUUUUCCUAGCCUGCUUUGGGGAGAGGGGUGGGAAGAAAAGGGUAAUAGUACGGGUUGUUAUUUACCUUGAUGUUCUGUUUUGCACAUCUGAAAAUGAAUAAAUAAAGUAUUAAAAAAAAAACAAAAAAAAAAACACUUUCCUCCAACAGAGUCAGCUUAUUCACUAAAAAGAAAAACAGAUAACUAAUCGGAGCCCUGAUGCUGUAGGUAACAAAAUGAGACCAUAUGCUAGGGGGGGAGGCAGCGCACACGCAGCCUUCACCAACAGAGGUUGAUUACAAACUCAAAUCCAGUUGUAACUCAAAAUGAAAUUUAGUGCAGAUGCUACCUCUAAAAAAACAUCAGGCUAUACAUGCUGGCAACUGGGAAGCGCUAACGCAACCCUCCAGCAGAAAAAACAGAGAACGUUAUCUCAAGUGAACAUCAAGUGCCUGGAAGAUGUUGCGCGAACGCAACUUUCACCGACAAGUCUUUAACAAAGUAAGUAAUAUUAGUUUGCAAACAACUUAGGAGUUAGAUACCUUGUCCGGAGAGGGAAGUGACACACCGGCAAAAAGACGUACCGCUUCCACACUGAAUCAAACGUAGUUAAACAACUCCUCUCAAGAGGGAAAGAAUGCUGUCGCAGUUCCUGGAGGGCGAACGUCCGCUACUCCAACCGACAAUGGCCACGGAAGUACUAGCGACAGAAUAUAAGCUUGAAAUGCAGUUCAAUGCUUCCAAAAGCAACCUGCGCGCGAGAAGAUGAAAAGGAAAUUAUCCUCUGAUGUCACCGGAAGAUAUAGUCUCUUAUGGAUCAUCCAGGGGUCACAGGUGACAUUGUUGGUAUACAUACUCAAACUGCGCAUGCGCGAAGGGGAAUAUUCAGUGCAACUCCGCCCCUGGCGGUCAGCAGGGAUGAAACAGAACUCUGCUCAUUUGGGAAUAAGCCCC